AUGUCGGGUUCUAAUAAAAAGAGUGUUUAUGAAGUGGGUUCUAGCUCUUUAGCUGAUGAGAUGAAAAAUUCUUUGAAGUUUGAGGAAGAUGAUGAGCGAAGGAGAAAUUCGGGAAAAUCUGCAUCGGUAUCUGGUCAGAAUGUGAGUUAUCCGGUGGAGUUGACUCCGGGAGAGUUGAAUAUAAAAGGGCAUGACUAUUUCGUAAAGGGUGAUUAUAAAGAAGCGUUGAGUUUUUUUGAUAAAGCUAUAGCAAGUUGGCCGGGCAAUGGUCCAUUACAUUGUAAUAGAGCUGCUGCGUUGAUUGGUCUCAUGCGAUAUACGGAAGCAAGAAAGGAAUUUGAAGAAGCCAUUAGAUUGGCUCCAACAUAUGUUCAACCACGCAAGCCUUUGGGACUUUUGUUACUUUGUUUAGGACAGGUUGAAAAUGCAAGGGAGCACUUAUUUUCCCUGGGUCAGAAACCAGAUCAAGCCACGUUGCAGAAGUUACAGGCAGUGGCGGAACAUAUCAACAAAUGCACUGAUGCCCGGAAACUUGAAGAUUGGACGACUAUGUUAAAAGAAGCUAAGGCAGCAACUACUUCUGGAGCUGAUUCAUCUCCUCAGCUAUGUGCAUGUCAAGCGGAAGCUAGUUUGAAGCUACACCAAUUAAAGGAUGCUGAAAUGUGGAUAUAUAAAGCUAGGAUGUAUGAGCCAUCUGCCACAGCAAGCCAGUCAAAAUUUUUUGGAAUGCUCUCUGAAGCAUAUAUAUACUUUGUCCAAGCUCAGAUUGACAGCGCUCUUGGAAAGUUUGAUGAUGCGCGUACUGCCAUUGAAAGAGCUGCACGAAUUGAUCUUCAAAGUGCUGAAGUUACUGAUAAACUCAAAAACAUGAGGCUGGUGGGUAAAGCUCGUAUUCUUGGCAACGAGCAUUUUCAUUCUAAAAGAUAUGCACAAGCUUGUACGGCUUAUGGGGAAGGGCUCUUGCUUGAUUCUUCAAAUUCAGUUCUCUACUACAAUAGAGCAAAUUGCUGCUUUAAACUUGGAGAGUGGGAAAAAUCUCUGGCUGAUAGCAACCGUGCUCUCCUUUUCCGGCCACAAUAUACUAAAGCUCUUUACCUAAAAGCUGCCUCAAAUAUCAAGCUGGAAAGAUGGGCUGAUGCUGUGAGAGAUUAUGAGAUUCUGCGGCAGGAACUUCCAAAUAACGAAGAGGUUGCUGAAAAUUUAUCCCAUGCCCGAGUUGAAUUAAAGAAGUCACACAGAGAAGGUGAUGGCAAGGUGGAGUUGGUUUCAGAUGUUGAGAAGUUCCAGGCUGUGAUUGCAUCUGGUGAAUCUGUGGUCUAUUUUAAUGAAUUAUCCAACCCAGAAUGCAUAUGGAUGUCCUCAGUCAUGGAUACCUUGAGCGUCAAAUAUCGUUCAGUAAUUUUUCUCAAGGUGGACGUGGAACAAAGCCCAGCAAUCGCUGCAGCAGAGAACAUUACAGCAGUACCUAAGUUUAAUCUUUACAAGGAUGGCAGUCGUGUGAUGGAUAAGGGUACUGCAACUUCAGGUGAGUUGGAGUUGUUGAUUAAGGACACCCUCAUCGAUCCCAUCUAG